CUACUCUUCUUCCUCCUCUUCCUCCCUCCUCCUCCUCUUCUUCUUCUUUGUUUCUUGCUACUCACUGAUCUUCUGUAGAUUUUAGUCCGAAACCAUUCAAGACACUUAUCUGUAAGUUAUUUUGAAUGCUUUUAGCUUCUGGGUUUUUCAAUAGGUUCCAAUUUUGGAAGUUCUAUCCAGUUUUUGUGAACGUUCUUGUUCAUUUUUGGUUUCAGAACUUUGAAUUGAGGGUUUAAUUUUGGAAUUUUAGCGGUUUCAGCUUCUGGGUGUUGCUUGAAGUUCAAGCUUCUGUUCAUUUCAACUUUGUUCUGUGACUAAAAUUUCAGGGGGAUUUUUUUUGGGGGGUGAUACUUCCGUCAUAAAAAAUCUUGAAUCUUGUAGACAAUGAUUCCGUUGCACAACGGAUGCAUUCUGUGGAAGUUGUACUCGGCUGUUGACAAAAAAUCAAUUGUUGUUAAAAGCUUUUACUUUUGGAUCUUCCAGAUCUUUAAUAGGUACAGUGUAGGCACUUGACUGCAAGUUUUGGAAUUUUUGUGCCUAAAUUUUCUAGCUUUGCUAUCAGUUCUGUUUCUUCCGGCUGUUUUUAGAGAAUUAGUUAGAUCUCCUAGGAGCUUAAUUAUGGGAGGGGCAUCACUGCCACCGGGAUUUCGGUUCCACCCAACCGAUGUGGAAUUGGUGGGGUAUUACCUGAAAAGAAAAGUGGAUGGGCUGGAAAUUGAGCUCGAAGUUAUUCCCGUUGUGGAUUUGUACAAAUUCGAUCCAUGGGAGUUGCCAGAGAAAUCAUUCCUUCCUAAACGAGAUAUGGAAUGGUUCUUCUUCUGUCCCCGGGAUCGAAAGUACCCAAAUGGCUCACGAACAAAUAGAGCCACCAAAGCUGGCUACUGGAAAGCCACUGGAAAAGAUAGGAAGGUUGUCUGUCAGGCUGGUGUUACUGGGUAUCGGAAGACCCUAGUUUUCUAUCGUGGACGGGCUCCUUUAGGAGAUCGAACAGACUGGGUAAUGCAUGAGUACCGCCUUUGUGAUGAUCUUUCAGAUGGAUCACCGAGUUUUCAGGGAGCUUUUGCUUUGUGCCGUGUUGUUAAGAAGAAUGAGCAUGCACAGAAGAUGAAUGAUCAUGAAGAGCCAAAAGCUAAGAUGGUUGGGAGCAGUUCAAGCAAUGGGGAUUUCAGGUUCGCGAGCACCUCAAACGAGCCCGCGAGCAUCGCAAAUGACAUUCCAUCUCAAGCAAGUUACCUGUACAAUGAGAGUCAGUAUUGUAGCCCUAUCACUUCUCCAUAUGAAGUUACUCCAGUGGCAGAGUAUGAGCCUGCUUUGAUGGAGACAAAUCCUACAAGCUUCUGGGUCUCACCUGAGCUAAUUCUUGAUUCUUCAAAGGACUACCCACAAGUACAGGAAGCUGCAUCCGAAUACUUUCCACAGUAUCAGUUUCCAAGCUCGACAACUCCUUGGCCACCAUAUGAACAUACAGAAAUCCCACCGAGUUCAUCAUAUUCAAAUUUUGCUGGGGAAAUUGGCUGCAUGUCACCUUACUCUGGCCAUGCAAACUACAUGGGCCUUUUUGGAAAUGAGAAUGUGCCAUAUGAAGGAUUGCAAUCUUGGGACCAAGCUCCAAUUUGCAGGCAAGCAAGUGGAGAUGGGAGUUUGGGGGAACUUGGUGGUCUAUGGUUGCAGGAGGACAACUUGGUGAUUGUGAUCUAGGCGUCUACCUCCUUGCAUUUGUAUCAUCUAGAAAAGGCCUCCAAGACAACGCCUUUUAACGUUGAUUCUUGGAAUGAUAAAUAAUGAGUAUAACCCCUUAUAUAUUAUGUAGAAAGGGGUUGCUGAAGAAGUCUUUCUUAUGCUGUUGUAUUGGAGUUGGUUUAGUGGCCAAGUCUGUUUUCAGUUUCUUGUUUAUGUUGUGAUCUUGUACUCCCGGUGAUAAUCACUAUUAUCGAUUGCACCAAAAUUCGGUUUACUUGCAGUUAUCUACAUGGUUCUAUAAAUUUGUCUUAUUCUCUGGUAUA